AUCAACGAACCAGCGCACCGGAGUCGCCAUGGACGACGCGAGACUCAAAUUUGCGAUUCACGAGGCCUGUCGCGAAGGCCAAACUUCCAAAGUCGAGUCGCUUCUCUCUGCAAACCCCAAACUCGCCUCCCUCCGCGACGAUGACGAUCGCCUGCCAAUCCACUGGGCCGUAUCUUACAACCACCUUCCCAUAGUACAGCUGCUCGUCCAAUCCAAGUCCUUCGACCCUGAUGUCGUCGACGGCUCAGGCUGGACGCCGCUCAUGAUGGCGUGCUCGCGCAAGGAAGCCGAUGCCAUCGUCUCGCUCCUCAUCUCCAAAGACGCCGACGUCAACGCGAAGAACAGCAACGGCCAGACAGCCUUGCAUUUUUGUGCCAGCAAGAACCAUCUCGACCUUGCGAGGACCUUGUUGAAAGAGAAGGCGACCGCAAGGGUCAAGGACAAGCGGGGCCAGCUGCCACUGCACAGGGCGGCAGCUAUAGGCAGUGUGCCUAUGAUCAAAGAACUGUUAGGCCCUGGCAAGAGCCCGCUGAACGCCACGGAUGCGGAUGGCUGGACGGCACUGCAUCAUGCCAUUGCCGAAGGCCAUGGUGAUGCGGCCUUGCUCUUGCUUACUGGUGGCGCCGAGUUCGACAAGAAGAACUCGAGUGAUCAGGUAGCGCUGGACCUGGUGCCUGAUGAGAAGACACGGAAGUUCAUAUUGCAGGCCGCGGAGAGGGAGGGCAUCGAUCUGAUAUGAGGGCGAGGAAGGAGGAAAGCGGCCGUCAUUGCAUGAUACCCUGGAGUCUUUGGUUUUGACAUGAGAUAGGCACAUCCAGUCGGCAUUAACAUUUUCUCUACUACAGCUCAAAGCAGACCAAGUAGCGAGCUUGCUCUCACAACUCACGAUGAACCAAAUCGGGUGAGAGUCGGCACUCGAAUAUCGGCGCCCGGUCUGGUCAACGAAACUGGUUCACUGACAUGCACCUACGUAUUAAUUAAGAUUUUUGG